AUGAAAAAUGGCAUAAUUUUAGAAUAAUAUGAGGAUGAAGAUGAAUAUGAAGUAAAUAGUUUGGUUUGAUUCAGAUUCAAGAGGAAAAGUAAAGAUAAGAGAGGAAAGAAUAUCUAAGAAGAAUGCAACAAUUGAUUUUCGAUGGAACUAAUUAUGACAUAGCCACAUAAUAAAAUACAGAAUCUGAAAUAGUUUAUGAAUAUUUAAUUGAUUUGGAUAAUGAAUUUUAUAUAGACUAUACUCAUUAAUUGCCUAUGCCAAGUAGUUAAAUAAAACUAAGACCAAUGAAUCAAUUACAGUUGGCAUAUAUUUAUAUUGAUGAGUAAUAAAAAAUUUAAUCUAAAAUUAGUUACCCUUUUUUAAAGAUAAGAAGAUUAUUGAUGAUUACUUUUUAAUCGAUUAGAUAUCUAAUGAAAUAUUUAAUAAAUCUCAAAAUAUUUCAAUUGAUACUAAUGGUUAUCAUUAUUUUGAAUUCAUUAUGUUUAGCAUUAGAGGAGAAUUAAUAUGAGAUAAUCUUUAUUAUUUGUUAUUCAAUUGAAGCUAUUUUCAAGAUGUUGGCAUUAGUUAAUAUAUAUAUAAUUAUUUUAGGGUUUGUAUUCUAAAAGAGAUUCAUAUUUUAGAGAUUUUUGGAAUGUAACCGAUUUUAUAAUUUUGAUAUUUUAAUACUUACCUUACUUUGUGAAUAUAUAAUUUAAUUUUAAUGCUUUAAGAACAAUAAGAAUAUUAAGAUCUUUGGAUGCAGGUUAAAGUAUUCCUGCUUUAAAAGUAAUAUUGACUUCGUUAUUUUAAUCAGUUUAUUAAUUGAAAGAUGCAUUAAUAGUCUUAGUAUUCUCAUAUUCAAUAUUUGCAAUUGUAGCUCUUUUACUUUUCAGUGGUGGAUUAAAGAGAAGAUGUGUAAAUCUAGAAACAGGGAUUCCUAGAAAUGAUGAAGUAUGUUCAGUAUGUGCAGGAGAAUUUGAUUGUGUUAAAUAAAUAGCUAAUCCAUUUAAUAAUUUAAUUAACUUUGAUACAUUUGGAUGGUCAUUAAUAUAAGUCUUUAUAUGCACAUUAUUAGAGAGUUGGUCUCAGAUAUUAGAUUAUACUGUAAUAGCAUAUAAUGAAGCAGUUUAUAUCUAUUUUUUUAUGGUAGUGAUGGUUGGAGGAUUCUUUUUAGUCAAUUUAACUCUAGCUAUUAUUAAACUUAAUUUUUCUAAUAAUCAGAAAUUAAUAAUACAACCAGUUAUUGAGGAGAGUUAUGAUUAUUGGGAAUUGAGAAUUAUGGGAAUAUAUGAACCAAUUAAAUUAUAAACAUAAGCAGCUAUGAGAAGAAAAAGUGAUGCUCAAUUUACAUUUAGAGAAAGAUCAUAAAGAUCAUAAACUAAAAUAAAAUAUAGAACUACUAAAUAUCUUAGUUAAAUUUAGAAUCCUAAUUUAAAAAUUCAUCCUAUUAAAUUUGCUAACAAUUUCAGUACUCCUUUUAUGAAAUAAGACAAGAAAUUUAUGGGAAUCUAUGGAAUGGGUAAGAAAUUAUAACCAAUCAUUGGAGGUGUAACUCCAUCUAAAUAGACUAGAAAUAAAAUUAAUGUUAAUUAUGAAUAACCAGGAUAUUCUAUUUUAUAAAGUCCUAUAGAUUAAAAUAUUAGUUUUUCAUAUAAUAUAUCACCUACUAAUAAAUUAGGUAAUAUGAUUUUUAGUCAAUCUAAUAGAUCUCUUUUAAAUAAUUAAACUAAAUAAUUAUCAAGUAAAUCUAUUUUAAAUAAUAAUAAUAAAUCUCCAAAUAAUCAUUCUCGAAAUGUUACUCCUUAAAAUUAAAGAAAUCUUAAUGAAUUAAAUAAUGGAUCUCCAAAAUCUUAAUUUAGUAAGAAAAUAUUUUAAAGAGUAAGACCUUCAAUUUCAGAAUCUGAUUAAAUUCUAGUAAAUGAUCUAAAAAUGAUUGGGUAACAUCAAUCAAAAAAGACUAUUACAACACCUAAAGGUUCUGAUGAAUAACUCUUAGAUUUCUUAUCUUAAGCUCAUAAUAAUAAUAUACUUACAAAUGAAAAUUAAAGUAAUGGACUUUUAACUCCUAACAAUUAAUUUAGUCAAUUGAAUCCAACAUUUAAUAGAAUUCCUAUUUAACAUGGUACUUAUGCUCCAAAAACAUCUUAAUAAAUAUAAAUGUUAUAAGAGGUAAAAUAAAGAUCUUUCAAUGUGAAAAAUAAAUAAAUAGAUAAAGUUAAAAAUGAUGUAUCUAUAUUGGAUAAGAGUGAAAAUUCUAUCAUUAAUUCUAUUCCUAGUGAAUAAGUUGAUCAAGAAUUAAUGGAUUUAGGAAUAUUAGAAUUAAAUUAAAUCAAAAAAUCUAAUUCUGAUAUGUAAUAGAAUCCAUUAUCUAAAGUUAAUUUCAUUCGCAGAAAGAAACCUCGAUUUACUAGAAAAACUAUGAAAAAAUCUACUUAUUUAAGUAAAACAUUUAAUUAAGCUAAUGAUGAUAGAUAUUAACAAUUAAAAAUCAAAUUAUUUAAAACUAAAUUUUAUAAAGAAGUUCCAUAUUUAGCUUAUAAUUCAACUUCAGAAUUAGAUGUAUUAGAAGUUUAAUAAAUGUAAAAGAUACAAUAAAAUCUUAAGAAUAAUGAAGAAAUUAAUAGAAAGAUCAAAAAAUAAGUUAAAUAUGUAUUUUCUAAUUAGUAAACAUAACUUAUUAAUUAAAAAUCUACUUCAAAAAUUCAACCCUCAUCAAUUCAAAUAAAAAGUACAAGUGUUAAACGAUCUUAAAAGUAAGUUAAGUUUCAAGAUUAGGAAGAGUAAUAAUAAUAUAAAAAAUUAAUAUUACAUGAUGUAUAAUUAAACUUUUAAGAGGCUUAAUUAUUAAUUAGGAAAGAAGUCUAAGCUGUAGAUUUAGAAUAAUAUGGUUAAGUAGAAGUAUAAUAUGAUCUUAAAGAACAAUUAAGAUAUUUGAAUUAUGAUCAAAUUACAAUCACUACAAGUACUAAUUAUUAAGAUUAUGUAAGAAUGAUGGUAAAUCUAUUAUUCUGAUUAUUUAUUAGUCUGAUGCAAGUUCACAAUAAGAAAUUGUUCAAUAAUCUUCUAUAGAAGAUGUACUUCCAAUGAGUGAUUAUGUAGAUGAUUAAACAAUAGAAUUAAUGAAUAAAAUCAUGCUUGCAUUAAAUUAUACUAUAAAUAUUUAUGAAAUUUGGUUACCAGGAAUAUCAGGUAUUAUUAUAGUAUUUAGAGUUAAAUUAUUAAAUCUAAUUUCUAGUGAAUACUUUAAUAGAUUAAUUAAUAUGUGUGUUGCAUUCAAUACAAUUGUAUUAGCAUUAGAUGGUCUAGUUACAGAUGAUAAAUUAUUAUCUGACUUUAAUUUAGCAUUUACUAUUAUUUUUAUUAUUGAACUUGGAUUUAAAUUAAUAGGAUUAGGAAUUCAAAGAUACAUUUAGGAUAAAUUUAAUAUUUUUGAUGCUUUUAUUGUAGGAAUCAGUUUAUAUGAAGUAAUAAUAAAUUAAGAGAAUGGUGGAAAGUCUGGUUUUAGUGCUUUAAGAUCUUUACGUAUCUUUAGAGCCUUAAGAGUAUUAAGAAUAUCUAAAUUAAUCAGAUCUCUAAAAUUUAUGGGAUUUUUAUUAAAAGUAUUAGGAAAUGCAUUUGAAUAAAUAUUAUGGAUGUUUAUCUUAAUGCUUUUCUUUUUAUAUACAUUUACUAUCUUAGGAUUUUCAUUAUUUUAAGGAUAGAUUUCAGAUUAAAAUUAUAGGUAUACUUUUAAUUCAUUUAUUAUUUCAUUUGAAACUGUAUUUUAAUUAUUUACAAUUUCAAAUUGGAGUGAUGUAUUGUAUUCUUUAUUUUUAUCAGAUGCUAAUAAUAUUGUUGUAUUCUUAUAUUUAGUUAUAUGGAUUGCAAUUGGUAAUUAUAUUUUUUUGAACUUAUUUAUGGCAGUGCUUUUAGAUAAUUUUGAAGCAGAAUAUAGAAGAGAUAAAAAUUAAAUAGAUAACAAUAUAAUUAUUGGUAGAGAUUAAAUAUUUGAAUCUGCAUUAUCUUCUAAACCUCAAGGAAGUAGAAAGUCAAGUAAAUCUUCAUUAUAAGAUGAUGUUGAAGAAUAUUAAAAAUUAUAAACUUAAAAAUUUAUUUACUUUUAAGAGAGAGGUAUUGGAGAAUAUGCUUUAAUGAUAUUCUCUUAGGAAAGUACAUUUCGAAAAAUGUGUUAUAGAGCUGUAAAGGAUAAAAUAUUUGAUAUAUUUAUUUUGAUUUUAAUAUUGAUAUCAAGUGCUAAAUUGAUUUUGGAUACUUAUAAUUUAGGUAAUUCUUAUGAUGUUGUAUCUUAUUGGUUAGAUUUUUCAAUGGUUAUUUUAUUUGGUUCUGAAGCAUUGUUAAAAAUAAUAGCAUUUGGAUUUAUUGGAGAUGAAUUGAGUUAUUUACGUAAUUCUUGGAAUGCUCUUGAUUUUAUCAUAUUAAUAGGAUCAAUUGUAGAUAUAAGUGUAGCAGCAAUAGAUUUGAGUUAUUUAAAGAUAUUAAGAUUAUUUAGAACAUUGAGACCAUUAAGAUUUGUAUCUCAUAAUAGAUCAAUGAAGAUAAUUGUAUCAGCAUUAUUGUAAUCAGCUGAUGGUAUUUUAAAUGUUGCAAUAGUAAUAAUACUUGUUUGGAUGAUGUUUGCUAUAAUUGGAAUCAAUUUUGCAAAAGGGAAACUUUAUUAUUGUGAUAUGUAAGAUGGUAUUAUGCAUUAUGUAAAUAAAGAAGAAGUAAAAUAUAUAUAUAUUAUAUAUAUAGUGUGAAGGAAUAUGGAGAAUAUAUGAUAGUAAUUUUGAGAAUAUCUUUUCAGGAAUGUUAACAUUAUUUUGUUUAAGUACAUUGUUGGAUUGGCCAGAUUAAUUAUUAUAUUUUAAAGAUGGUACUGAAAAUGGUUUAGUAAAGAAUAAUUCACCUGAAUUCUUUCUAUUUUUUUUGGCUUUUAUUUUGAUAGGUUCAAUUUUACUUAAUAAUUUAUUUAUUGGAGUUAUUUUAGUAAAUUUUCAUAUUGCAGAAGAAAAAGCAAGAGAUUCUUCACUUACUUAAGAUCAAAUAUAAUGGAUUGAUACUCAAAAAUUAAUAAUUGAAGCUAAACCUGAUUUAAGUUUAUAUUAUAUGCCAAAGAAUAGAAUAUAAGCAUUUUUAUUUAGAAUUGUAAAAGCAAAGAAAUUUGAUUUGAUGAUAUCUUUCUUUAUUAUAAUAAAUAUUGUUGUUACUGGUAUGUAUAUGGAUGGUAAUUUAAAUAUUAUUAUUAUUUAGAUGCAAAUUUUGAUUAUCUUUAUGUUAUUGAUUAAAUCAACUUUGCCAUAUCAAUUAUCUUUUGUUUUGAAGCAAUAAUUAAAAUUAUAACAUUUGGUCCAAUAGCAUAUUUUAAAGUUAAUUGGAAUUAAUUUGAUUUUGUUAUUGUACUUAUAUCAAUUAUUGAUUUUGUUACAAAUGAGAGUGGAUUAUCUAUAGGAAAAGGAUUUAGAAUAUUAAGAGCUAUAAGAUUAUUAAGAUUAGUUAAAUAAUUUAAAGGUCUUAAAAAAUUAAUUGAUACAGCAGUAUUCUCAAUUCCAGCAAUUAUUAAUGCAGCUGCUUUAUAUUUUUUAAUUCAUUCAAUUUUCUCUGUUUUAGGAGUAUUUUUAUUUUCAGAAAUUAAGGAAGGAAAGAUUAUAUCUGAUACUAACAAUUUCUAAGAUUUUCAUCAUUCUUUUAUUUUAUUGUUUCUAUCUUAAACUGGAUUAGAUUGGAAUAGAAUAAUGUAUGAUACUAUGAAUUAUGGUUCAUAUUAUAAUGCUUUAUUUUGGGUUGUAUUUAUUUUGAUAUAGAAUUUUGUAAUGCUCAAUUUAUUUAUUCUUAUUGUAUUAGAUUAAUAUGAUAUAAAUUAUUUUCAUGAAGAUAAUCCACUUAAUAGAUUUGAUGAAUAUUAAAAUAAAACACUUGAUGUUUGGACUCGUUUUAGUUAAGAUGGAACAAUAAUUAAUCAGAAUAAAUUGACAGAUUUGAUACUUUCAUUACCUAAACCAUUAGGUUUAGAUAUUUUUAAAUCUAUGUAAAAAGGCAUUGAAGAUUGGAAACAUAUCAAUCCAUAACAUACAUAAGAAGAAGUUAAUCAACUUAAAUUUAAUAUCAAAGCAGAUUUAAUAAAAAAUGCUCUCUUUAAAAUUAUGGAUAUGUAACUAAAAUGUGAUUUAUAAGGCAAUAUACCAUAUAAUCUAGUUUUAUUUUCUGUAAUAAAAGAGGCUUAUUUAGAAAAACUUGAAAUUAAUUUAACAGAAGAAGGAGGGAGAAAACUAGCUAUGAAAGAAAUGGAAACAAGAUCAGAAAUAGAAGAAGAAUAUGGAACUGAUUUAGAUUAAGAUGUUAAUCCUUUAGUUUCUUAUUUAUAUGCCUAAACAUGUUUUAGAGCUAUGUAAAGAUAUGUUGAAAUUUCUAAAAACAAAAUCUAUGAUGGUGGUAUAUCAUUUUUAGCUAAGACUGAUUCUUCUAUUGAUUUUGAUGAAUAUUUAGAUAAUGAUUUAUCAAGAGAUGAGUAUGAAAAACCUGAUUAUGAAGAAGUGUAUUUUGUUGAAAUUCCUAUGAAUAAUAAAAUUUAUAAUGGUGAAUAAUAUAAGGUGUAAAUUGCAUAAGAAGAAUCCAAUAUGGAUCAAGAAUCUAAUAAUUAACCAAUAGAUGAUGAAAAUAAUGUAGAAGAAUUGGAAGAAUAUAAAUUAUAAAUUAUUGAUUUUAAUAAGUAUUUAGGAGAUUGA